GAAACAACAAAAUAGGCGAGCGUCGGCUGGGUAGCGCUUGUCUUGUUUCCGUUUGCGCUGCUACGGAGAUUACGCUUCGCUCUUUGCGAUCACGGGUGGGAGAAGACAAUACGCCAGGUGCACAGCAAGCAGCCAUGGCCAGCGGUGACCACACAUGACGGAAAACCGAAGCGGGCGACCGUAUGACGGAAAGCACGUUGAUACGACGUGCCUGCAGCUGCCGAAACCUCAGCUGGGCACCUCCUUUCUGAGCUGCUACGGUUUACAUUUCGUGCAGUGCUGGUGUCAUCCUUUCGUUGAAGCCACCGAGUAAUGGAUGUGUGGCCCCAGAACUUUGCUACAGUAGGUCGUAGGAACGCUUGGCUAGAGGCGAUGCUGGAAUACGUGUUUAGGAGGUCCGUGUCAUCAGAUGCACAAGACAAAGCCACACUUAAGUUAGAAGACCUGGAUGACUUCAUCGACUUUGAACUCGAGAACCUGUCUAAAGGACAGGUCGUUGAGAGUGACUAUGGCCGACUCGGUCCCAACCACGUCACGUUUGACAUAUGCUCCAAUGUUGGGACAUUCAUCGUCAACCAAGACAGGCUAGGGGUGUCAAGUCAAGGUAACUUCAAUACGAUACGGGCCUCUUGCUGCGUUUUUAAAGGCAAAUGGCAGUACGAACUCAUGCUUGGCUCCAAGGGGGUCAUGCAAGUCGGCUGGGUCACUAACAGCUGCAAGUUUUCGCGAGAGAAAGGAGUCGGCGACACUACAGACUCCUACGCCUUUGAUGGGAACAGGGUGCGCAAAUGGAACGUUGCCACGUACAAGUAUGGGGAAGCCUGGGUGGCUGGGGAUGUCAUCGGCUGCUGCAUUGAUCUAGACAAUGGCACAGUUCACUUUUACAGAAACGGCCGGUCCAUGGGUGAGGCGUUUGACAACGUUCGAUUGGGGCCCGGCCUGGCAUAUUUCCCCGCUGUCAGCCUCGCCUUUGGCGAGAAUCUAGUGGCCAACUUCGGCGCCACACCUUUGCGCCAUCCCGUCGAGGGUUACCGGCCCCUCGAGAAGACGUCGCUCCGUGAUGCCGAACGUGCCCGGCUGUUGCUGCUUUGGACGAAGCGGCUGCUGCCCGUGUAUGAAGAAGUGCACAAGGGCACAUCCCAGUCGGCGUACCUCACCGAUGGCCUGGACGUCUUUCGGCAAGGCACGAAAACGCAGGCCCUCCUCAUCGCGGCACCCGUGCUCCGGCGGCUCGGCCCGCUGUUGGCAUCUAGUCACGUGACAGAAGUCUCAUUCCUCCCAUUCCUGUUCCAAGUCUUCGAGGAGAGCCCGGACGGGAGACGGAUCUCAACGCUACUCGAGCUGUUCUGGGCUCUGCUGGAACCUCAAGAGAUCAAGAAAUGCCUGGAAAACGUGGCCGUCGCGUUGCUGACCGGAUUUCGUUUUUCUCCGUGCACUCCCGACUUCUUGCACCAGAAGCGCCACCUGUGCCUCAUGCUGAGCGUCUUGCAGCACGACUCGUCACGCCGCUACCUCCUCGAGAGUAUUAUAUUUGACAAAAUCAAGUUCGCCAUGUUCAUGGAGGUCAAGCCUCCGGACAACGAAACCCUGGCCACGCUUGUACCCGACGUGUGGUUCGAGCUCAUGGACGAGGUACAUCCCACUGAAGAAACUUACAGAAAGAAUUUGUACGCAGCUGCUCAAGCAGAGCUUAAAUUUUUUUUUUUGUUCUAUUCAGACAUUGAGAACAUCCAGCUGAGGAUACUUGAACAACUGACUGUGGGCAACGACGCACCACCGGGUCAAACCAGCCGCGAUCUGUUUCUCGCGAAAUUCGAGGCCUUCGUCAAGGAAAAUACUCCAGGAAGCAGGACCUUGACCCUCGACCUGUGUCCGAAUGCGGUUGCCUUGGCGUUCUUCCACCGACUUCUGGCCCUGGUCCGUCGGUGCCUUCCCGUAUUUCACACCGGCACCGGUCAGCUGCUUCAAGAACACAACUUGUACAUUCCGGCAUCCUUGUUUGUGACUACAAUCGGAACGGGCCCCGAGGUGUCCCACGUCGGCGACACACCGGAUCAGAGGAUGGUGGCGUCGGAAAUACCGACCUCAACGUCCAAUCGGAUGAUGAGGACAACGCAGCAGAAUGUCGGUGGCAGCCCGGCUCGCGCGGAGACCGAAACGUCGGCUACGGCCCAGGAAGCCAAGGAGGAAGACAAGAGCGUCAAGAUUCUGCAACUUCUCGACGGAAUCGUGCGAUUGUACUGCCUCUGCGGGCACGCUCAGUUCGUCAAGGCAAGUGCUGUUGAAAGAAUCGAUUCCGAGGCAUCUCGGGGGGUGUAUAAACUUAUCAUGGCACGUUGA